AUGGACGAUUCAACUCCAAUUGAGAUUGUGGUCUAUUUCCAUGACAACUCUGGCAUAAUGUUGAAGAUUCAGGAUGGUCAGAACAUGGAGGCCAAUAUUUUGUUUGAAUAUGUUGCCAAAGAAUUGAACCUACAGGCAGAAGUUUUGGAGCAAGCUAAAGAGGUCUUCUCUCUCUGGCUCGUUUCAGAUCUCCUUGAACUUCAGUUGAAGCCAAACCAUGUUCCAUUUAAACUUGUGUGUUUCUGGGAGGAGUUGCUCGAGAAGUACGUACACUGCAGUGAAGAAGCCAGGCAAAGAGAUGAACCAAUCAUCAUGUUCAGAAGGAAUGUGUACGUGUCACCAAAACUGGAACUGCAGAUACAAGAUGAGAGAUUGUUGAAGUUUUUAUUCCAUGAGACGAAGAAGAACGUAACAGAUGGUAGGUUGCCUCUGUCAUCUGAGCAGGAUUACAUCAAAUAUGCCGCUCUACACACUCACAUCUUUAAACUGGAAAAACUGGAAAGUGCAGAAACUCUCCCUACAAACUUUGCUACACCGGCCUUUUUCAAGUUUGCUGCAUCUGUUUCAUGCACCAUAUAUUCUUUCAACUACUUUUCUGAUGAGCCUGCCCUAAUGUUGCAGGCUCGCAUAAGCAAGGGAGAGCUAGAUAACAUGAAAGAAUUCCUGCCUAGUUCACAAUGCAAGCGUAAUUUGUUGUUCAGACGAGACCAGAACCCCGAAUUCCUCCUCUUCAACAGGUACCAAUCGGAGCUGGCUUCUUAUGAGAAUCUCAAUCUUUCUGAACUUUACAUGAAAUACCUUGAGGUUUCCUCAUUGUUUACUUAUGGUGCUGCUUAUUUUCGAGGACAAAUAGAACAUCCAGGCAAGAAAGUUGAUGAUCCAGUUUGGGUGGCUGUCAGUUUGUCGGGUGUCACCAUUGUUUGCAUCACUGAUGAGAUUGUCUUGCUGAGGGUUCCCUUCACCAAGCUAUCCUGGCAGUUUGCAGAACCGACAAAGGAAGGACCAAACGUUCUCCCAUGCCUCUUUCUUCACUUUCCUUUCCUUGAGAACAAUCAAAGUGUAACCAAACUGCUUCAGAUAUUUUCUAAAUCGGCAAUGUUAAUAGACAACCUCAUUGAAGCACUGAUCUCAGUUAGAAGAUCUGGUCUGGGUGGAACAUCGUCAGCUGACACUGAAGAGGUGAGUGUAAAGGAAGACAGACUGGCUUUCGUUACCUACAACACAAAAGGUGAAAAGAUCAGAAGUACCAUCAGGAUUCCAAAAGAGUCAGCCGCUCAGAGAACAAGUGCUGCUGUCUGA